AUGCUGUGCUGCUUCCCUGGAUACUGUCUCUUGGAUUCAUCCUUUGAUGCCCCAUUUUGCAGCUGGAGGUGGGAGAGCCGAACUACUAUUGCCCUAUUGACAGGCCUGAAGGGGAAAGGGUUGGAACUGCCAAGGUGCCCUUAUGUGCCAGCCACCAAUGGUAAUCAAGGCAGCCAGAAUUCCAUCCCACCUGCAGCGUCUUUUCUGAAGAAGCGGCUGGCAAGGAGGCCAGGCUACAUGAGAGCUGCAGCCGGGCCUGGGAUCGGAUUUCUCCCCCCUGCAGUGGGCACACCACUCCGUGCCCAGCGUGCAGUGUGCGAUGAGGAGCACCUUCACUCUGGGUCCAGGGCCAGACCCUGCAGCCUUGACUCAAGCCAGGGGCGAGGCCUCUCCCAGGAGAGCCUGACCGUGCCUUCUGGAGGCCAGCCAGGCCUGGCUCAGAGCCCCAGGAGAGGAGCCUCCUGGUGCUUCGGGAUUCAGUCCAGAGCCAGCCCCACACUGCCUGACAGGCUCACUAGCCGCUAUAGCCCUGGGCACAUGGGGUGCCAGCGAGAGUUUUUACCCAUGGACAGUUCUGAGGUCCCAGGCCUGGCCCAUGAGAAGGCCUGUGAUGAAGGAGCAAGGAGCAUCUGGGAGCAGGUGGACAGCAACAGCCACAGCCAGGGAAGUGGCCCCCCGGCCUCCUCAGCCCCUCCUGGUUCUCAUGACGACUUUACCUCGAGCUUCAGCUUCAUCCGGCUCUCCCUCAGCUCUGCGGGUGAACGUGGGGAAGCAGAAGGCUGCCUGCCACCCAGGGAGGCUGAGUCUCCUCGCCACAUCCCCACAGAGAUGAGCACCAAAGCUGCCAGCCCAGACAGGCCCCAGGAGGACCUGUGGCUUCUCUCCCAGCCACUGCAUCCCAAGGCAAUUCAGGGCCUGGGGGAAUGUGCCUGGGCCACAGGGAGCAACCCCAGGCCAGGAAGGGAGACACUUUCCUCACUGGACGGGGACUCUGCCCCAUCUUGUUCCUUGGCCUCCUUGGUGGCUGGCCCCUCUGGGUCUGAGGGCAGCAUCUUGGGGCAUGCUCAUGGCUGGGACACCCUGCUCAGGAAGUAUGAGCCUGCCCUGCGUGACUGCCUGCUGAGCAACCGGAAGCAACUGAAGAUAAAAUCCUUAAGAUUAAAGCUUCAGAAACUUCAAGACAAAGCAGUUGAGGAUGACGAUUAUGAUAAAGCUGAGAAGUUGAAACAAAGAUUAGAAGACCUGGAGAAGGAGAAAAGCACCCUGCAGUUUCAGCUUCCUUCCCGGCAGCCAGAGCUCAGCAGCGUCCUGAACCAAUUGGGAACGCAGGUUCAGGCUGCCUUGCUCUGGGCCACUCACAAGGCCGACAGUGAAGACACCCAACCUGUGCUCAGAAUAGAGCCAAAGCUUCUGGAACCUACUGCUCAGGACAGACUCCAUGUGUCCCUCACUAGGCGAGACUGGCUUCUUCAAGAAAAGCAGCAGCUGCAGAAAGAAAUUGAAGCUCUCCAAGCAAGAAUGUCUGUGCUGGAAGCAAAAGAUGAACAACUGAGGAGGGAGAUAGAUGAACAGGAGCAGCUGCUACGGUGGCCGGGCUGUGAACUGGCUGUGCUGGCGGGCACACUGCCCCUGGGCGAGCUGCGGGAGAUGGGCCGGGCCCUGGAUGACACCCUGGCCUCGGCCAAUCAGGUUCUUCUCCUUGUGGAGCCACCAGAAGCCAUAAGGAGCCUCCAGGAUAGGAUAAGAUCCCUCAGCUUGUCCCUUAAAGAAAUCACUGCUAAGGUGUGUAUGGGUGAGAGACUCUGCAGGACUCUGAGGAAGAAAGUUAGUGAUAUUGAAGCCCAACUACCGGCAUUGCUUGAAGCCAAAAUGCUUGCCAUAUCAGGAAGUCAUUUCUGUACAGCUAAGGACCUCACAGAGGAUAUCGGAUCAUUAGCCUCAGAGAGAGAAGGGCUGGAGGGACUCCUGAACAAGCUGUUGGUGCUGAGUUCCAGGAACGUCAGAAAGUUGGAAAGUAUUAAAGAAAAUUAUAACAAGCUGAAAAGAGAACUGGAGCAUGGGGAAACUGCCCAUGAAAAAAGUGUGAAAGAAAAGACUGUGAAGUACAUGGAAAUGCUUGAGGAUAAACUGCACAGCUGCAAGAACCCACUGCUUGAAAAAGUGUGGGAAGCUGACUUGGAAGCUUGUCGGCUCUUUAUUCAGAACAUGCAGCUGAAAGAGGCCAGGGGCAGCUUGAGUGUAGAAGAUGAGAAGCUGAUGGGUGACUUGGAGGGCACUGCCUUUACUGCUGCCAUGGCCGUCCCCUCCAGACCUCUCUCAGAAGAUGGGAGGAGGAAGACCCCUUUGCAGGCCGAUGACGAGUGGAAGUCCCAGCAGAGCCCCUCUCUUCACUGUGCUGGCAGCGAACAGAAAGAGGUGUGUCCUUUUCUCACAGCCUCAAUAGGCAGCCUCUCCUGUGGGGGCUGCUUUGGGACCAGGCUCCAAGUGGGAGCAGUACAUAUUGAAUGGAUGUCUGACUUAACCAUAGAACUUUUAAAUGUUUUAUCUCUCAGGAGGGAGCUGCAGACGGUGAAGGAGACUCUGCAGGCCAUGAUCCUGCAGCUCCAGCCGGGCAGGGAGGCAGGGGAAACGGACACAGCUUCCUGCGUGACAGCUGGCGUUGGAGAUGCGCAGCCCUGCUCCAGAGAGGACUCUGAGGACAUGUGGGGAGGCAGGAAAGCCCUGUCCUACAUUUUGUCGACAGUGUCUGUUUCAUCGUCAGUAAAUGACUGCGCGAUUCUGGAGAUUCGCACUUUCAAAGUCCUGUGUGGCACUGAGUCGGCCUUCGUGGAGAUGAGCCAGCGCCAUCUGGACCUUCUCGGUGUGCAGAGCCUCUUCCGAGAGAGCAUUAGGAUGCUGGCGAGGCAGGCGGUCCACAGUGGCCCAGCCGGACACUGCCUGGGGCCUCGCCGGUGUGGACCCAAGCCACGGGAGCUGAUCUAA